GAGUUGAGAUUCCAUCAAUCAUUUUGGCUAAUAAUAAUUAACAAGCUGUAUAAAUCCUGAAUUAAUAAUUGAAUCCAAGCAGUGAGAUAUACAUACUAUAUAUCUACUACAUACACUCUCUAACCUCCAAGGCCAAGAAAUAACCUUACCUUCCUACCUUUUUAGCGUCUUGGUGUUUAUGUUUAUCGGACAACUUACCCGUAACAAUCAAUAAUGUUCAAGUAAGUAAUAAGUAAGUAGGUAAGUAAGUAUUAAUUGGGAAAAAGGAAAAAAAUCUCAAGAAUGGAGAUGUUGUUGUCGUUAUCGUCCUUCUCUCAUAUCCAUAUUCAAAUGUCUGUAUGGCAGGCUUUCGCUUUUAUACUCGUCGAUUACGAGUUUUAAUAUCUACAACUACUUUUCAGGUGUCAUCUAUCUUUUUACUGAUAUUUCUAGUCGGUCGAUAUGUCUUCCUUCACAAUCAUGAUGGCGAUGUCUUUCCUCCAAUGCCCGGUCCGGUAACUUCAGUUGAGGAUUCUGCGAUUGACUGGUUCAAAUUCGCAUAUGUUCAAUAUGUCACUUCUCCUGAAUAUCUCUGUUCUGCUCUUAUGCUCUGGUCGCAAGUCGAAACAAUCGGUAGUCGUGCUCAACGACUAAUGUUAUAUCCAUCACAUUGGAAUGUGGAAGAAAUCGAUACGAGUCUUCCUUCCAAACCUCUCACUCCAAUUGCGAGAUUAUUAAAACAAGCACAAACCGAUUACUACGUCAAAUUACAACCGGUGGAUGUUCUGCAUCAGAAUCAUACGGAUCAGUCAACAUGGGCAGAUUCAUAUACCAAACUUCUCGCAUUCAACCUCACCCAAUAUGAUCGAGUUCUACAUCUCGACUCGGAUGCGAAUUAUAUUCGAAAUAUGGAUGAAUUGUUCCUAUUACCAUCUGCUCCAGUCGCUAUGCCAUAUACCUAUUUUGGGCCGCCAACCAAUUGGGCAUACUCCUCUCAUUUGUUAUUAUUACAUCCAUCCGCCAAUCUAUUCCAAAGAAUCGAAUCAGCAGUACAGCAUGCGGGACCGAAUGAAAACGAUAUGGAUAUAUUGAACACCAUGUUCUUACCGAACAUAUUAGCAAUCCCAUCUCGUCCUUACAAUUUUCUCUCGGGAGAACUUCGUCGCAAAUCACAUAAAGAAUAUUUGGGCAAUUUGGAAGAUACUUGGGAUGCGGAAGCAGCACUGGCUGAAGCGAAAUAUAUGCAUUUUUCAGAUUGGCCAAUACCAAAACCUUGGAUUCAAGCAACGAAAGAGGAAUUGAAUAGAUACAUGCCGGAUUGUGGUGCGAGUGAAUGGUUUGGAGCGACGGAUUGUAGGGAUAGAACGAUUUGGCUGGGGCUAUAUGGAAUGUUUGCUAGGAGAAGGAAAGAGGUUUGUGGAAUUGGUUUUGAAUUACAGCAAAAGGCGAUUGGAGAUGGAGAGGAUAAGGGGUUAAGUGGUGAUGUGGUUAAUUGAAGUAUGGGUAUGAUGUAGAUGGUGAUAGAUGGUAAUCACGACAUUGAACCUGGAUUAGUUGAUUAUUGGGAUUAUGAGAGAGGGAGUGUAGGCGAGGGAUUAUAAGCAAAGAAGCAAGUAUCCCAGCGAAUAUAAUUCAACAGCAUUAAUAUUGUUGAUAGUAUUUUUGGACUUUAUAUUUCUAACAGUUAUGAUGAUAUUCCGAUUGGCUACCAGUACUAGUAGUGACAGGUUAUUCGGAAGGAUUUCAACCCCCGCGUUCCGUCUCCGCUCCACGCUUAUGGCAAGAAUGGGAGACUUCCUAGCCUAGCGCUACGAUAAAAUUGUUGAGUAAAGAAAUAUAAAUCUAGA